AUGUGCAGCCUUUAUGCAGCUGACGUAUAUACGAAUCUACGUGCGGCAGAGGUUUGUUUAUUCAUUGUGUAAAUUGCAGCUGCUUUUCUGUAUUUUUGUGCUCGUAGUUUUUCCUGAAAGAAGAUUACGACAAUUUUCCCCCUGGAAACACAACAAAUUUUCUUUACUUUCUUAUGUUUGACGUUCCUCAUUCCGUGGUUUCUCUGGAGUUGAUGCAUGAACUUGUCACCUAAAACUAUAUGUUGUUCAACCCAUUCAUUGUCAUCUGAAACUGCUGAAUGUAUUAUACAGACAGUCCGAGAACAUUUUCGGAAUCUAUAUCACAUUCUGGCCAAUGUGCCUCUGGACAUAUUUGAUCCAACUUAUUUCUGCAAAUAACUUUGGGUUAUUGAAACGGUCACUGCUGAUAUGAGUUACUUCUCCCUCUCUUUAAAAUUAUCUGGCCUCUAAUUAUUCUUUUUCUGUAUGCAGCUUAUUAGGAGACCACUGUGUAAUUUCAUGGAAACACGACAGCGAGAUAUCACUCAAAGCAUGCGAGGGAUUCUGAUUGAUUGGCUAGUUGAGGUUUAUUAAGCAUACUCACAUUAUGUUCACUGAGAGUUUGUCAUCUUAUAUUGCAUUUUUCAAAGAUCACAGACUUCUCCCCAAGUUUUUCUUGUGUAGAUUGCAUAGGACCAACGUAGAUUGUAACCAGAAGGUAGAUAGAUGUUCAAAUCUCAUUUCAUAUUUCUAAACCAAAUCAUCGCAACCUGUCAAAUCGACACGGAUUUUCUUUUUGUUCAUGACUACAAAAAGAAAAGGCUCAUGAUUUCAGGGUUUGCUGCAUGUAUCUCUGUUCUUCUGCCUAAAUAGCAAGUAAUCUAGCGAUGUUCUAUGAACCCAUUUGCGACGAACAGCGCUGAUCCACAGGGUUCCUGCUAGUUGCAUCCUCUCAUUUCGAUCGCCUGCAUUCAUGCAUCGAAAAGGGAUAUGAACAAUGCUUGAAUGUAUUUUUUUUACGUGCAUGGCAUUACUACGUUUGGUUAACAGCCCUCUUAUUUUCAGGUUUCAGAGGAAUAUAAACUCGUUCCGGAUACACUUUACCUUACGGUUUACAUUAUCGACCGGUUUCUCUCCGACAAUUGCAUUGAAAGACAAAAGCUUCAGCUACUUGGCAUAACCUGCAUGUUGAUUGCCUCGUAAGAUUUUCCACGAAGCUGAUUUUCUCUCAUCACGAUUAAAAAUCUAUGUGGAUGCUUUCACCUUCGUCUUAUCUGGAGAUUAGAGACACAAUAUCGACAAUUUCACUGGGUUUUUUCUUUUUAAUUCAUUAAUGCCAUUUUGUUUAUUCGGCAGAAAGUAUGAAGAGAUCUGUGCUCCCCGCGUAGAAGAGUUCUGCUUCAUCACGGACAAUACCUACAGCAGGGGAGACGUACGCCGGCCGUUAUUUUCUUGAUUUUUUUUAAUGUUAAUGAUUUUAUAAUCGCAUUAUAUAUCAUAGUCAAAUUAUUUACUGAACUUUGGAAAGGUUGUGAUAUUUUUUGGCUGAUUUCGCCAGGUUCUCAAGAUGGAGAGCCGAGUUCUGAACCACUUGAACUUUCGGCUCUCUGUGCCGACCGUGAAGACGUUUUUAAGGUACGCCGAUUCAUCUCCGAGUUUCGUCUCGAGAAUUAUCGUGGCUCUGACGAGAUGAAAUCUUUCGCCGCGCAGGAGGUUCCUACGGGCGGCGCAGGCAUCAUACGAGGUUUUUUUUUAUUUUUUUUUAUUUAAUUUUAUUUCGUCAAGUUCGUGAUGGUUAAUCUUGACCCACGAGCUUCCAUCCUUGUGGGUCAACGAUGAUGAGCAGAGAUUCCAUUCCUCCCAAUCCCCCCCCGCGCAGGCUCCGAGUCUCGCCCUGGAGUUCCUGGCCAACUACCUGGCGGAGCUCACCUUGGUCGAGUACAGCUUCCUCAGGUUCCUCCCCUCGCUGAUCGCCGCCGCCGCCGUCUUCCUCGCCAGAUGGACCCUCGACGAGUCAACCCCUCCCUGGGUCUCUCUCUUUUUCCCCUCUCUUUCUCUCUCUAGAUUAGAUUAUUGAUUAGAUCAGAUUCUCAGUGGGAAGAUGCUUUUCCUCUUCUGUGGAACAGAACCCCACCUUGGAGCACUACACCCGGUACAGAUUCUCGGACUUGGAGGCGGUGGCGCUCGAGAUGCAGGAGCUCCAGACGAAUGCCAAUAGCUCCCCUCUCCACGCCAUCCGCCAAAAGUACAGUCAACUCAAGGUAAACCUUCUUCGUCUUCGUCUUCCUCUUCUUCUUCGCUGGAAUGGAAUGGAAUGGCUACUUAGAAUGAGCAAUCUCCUUCCUUUUGUCGUGCCGGCAGUUCAAGUCCGUAGCUACCGUGUCCCCCCGGAGACUGCGCCUGGCGGCGUUUCUAUGA